AUGGCUUUGAAGAGGAUUAACAAGGAGUUAGGGGAUCUUGCAAAAGAUCCCCCAUCUUCAUGCAGUGCGGGACCCAUCGGUGAUGAUUUGUUCCACUGGCAAGCAACAAUUCUUGGACCGGGUGAUAGUCCUUACUCUGGAGGUGUUUUUUUUCUAGCAAUUCAUUUCCCAACCGAUUAUCCUUUCAAGCCUCCAAAAGUCAAUUUCACAACAAGAAUUUAUCAUCCAAAUAUCAACAGUAAUGGAAGCAUAUGCCUAGAUAUUUUACGGGACCAGUGGUCGCCUGCAUUAACAAUUUCAAAAGUACUUUUAUCUAUUUGUUCUAUGCUGACAGAUCCUAAUCCUGAUGACCCACUUGUGCCAGAAAUAGCACAUGUCUACAAAUCAGAUAGGAUGAGAUACGAAGCAACGGCCAAAGAGUGGACACGCAAGUAUGCUAUUUAA